GAUGAGAACAGAAAUCCCCCCGGAGGCGAACAGAAAGAUUGUGCUGGUGAGAGUUCUGUGCGCACUGAGACGCAGUCGAUCUUUUUCCUAUUUACCUCUCAGCAAAGGGGUCUAGCAGGAUUAUGAUAAACAUUUUUUAAAAAUCCUCGUAGGCUAUGCGUUUCAAAACAGAAGCGACACCUCAAGUUUAUCAAAGGGAACUCGAAUUAGUGUGGACUGUUCCCCAUUUCCUCAGCGGAUCCAAGUUUUCCAUCAGUUCAUCAGCCAGUUGGGUUUAAGGGCGGCUGGUGCCACGGAUAAAAAUCACCCCUGUCCACAUGGGCUGCUCUGUCUCACUUUGGGAUCUGUACUAUUCUCAGCUGGCUCUCACCGCAGACCGACAGGAGAGGAAAACUCCGAUGGAAAAUCAUGCAGCACUUUGAACCCAUGGAGACAUGGCGCAAAGGCUCCUCACAUCUGCGAACAGAGUCAGCGCUAGAUUCGCCUUCAUAUUUACUUUGUCCCUAUCCUGCGCGUACUUAUGCUAUAAUAUUAUUUUUUAUCGCGGCACAGUCAUGACAAACCAGGCUUACGACGGGAAACGCUGCCCGCCGAGCAAAAACGCAGGAGGCAAAAAACUUCUUGGGAAACUGGACAAUUGUGCUUCGCUGGAUGUCAGGUCCUCGUUUCAGCGAGGAUCGAGCGAUCCACGAGAGCAGAGUAAAGCUCCAGCUUCGCCUGGUGCUCAUGGGACUGACGAUUAUUUGAAAAACACGAGUGUUACGCAGAAAUACGGGAACAAGAAGCUACCCAAUGCGUUAAUUGUCGGCGUAAAGAAAGGAGGAACCAGGGCGGUGCUGGAGUUCAUCCGGAUACAUCCAGAUGUGCGCGCACUCGGAACAGAGCCGCACUUUUUUGACAGAAACUAUGACAGAGGGCUGGACUGGUACAGGGGAUUAAUGCCACGCACACUCGACAGUCAGAUAACCUUAGAGAAGACUCCCAGCUAUUUCGUGACCAGAGAGGCGCCACGCCGCAUUUCCAGCAUGUCUCACGAUACCAAGCUGAUUGUGGUGGUACGAAACCCUGUCACCAGAGCUAUCUCGGACUACACUCAGACUCUUUCUAAGAAGCCUGACAUCCCUACGUUUGAAGAGCUGGCCUUUAAGAACAGAAGCUUGGGUCUUGUGGACACAUCUUGGAACGCCAUUCGGAUUGGGAUGUAUAUUCUCCACCUGGAAAACUGGCUGCAGUACUUUCGCCUGUCGCAGAUGCAUUUCGUGAGCGGAGAGCGGCUGAUAACGGAUCCAGCGGGGGAAAUGGGCCGUGUCCAGGACUUUCUAGGGCUCAAACGGAUAAUCACGGACAAGCACUUCUACUUCAAUCGAACCAAAGGUUUCCCCUGUUUAAAAAAGCCGGAGAGCAGCAGCCAACCUCGAUGCCUUGGCAAAUCCAAGGGCAGGACUCAUGUACAGAUUGAGCAGGAGGUCAUAGAGCAGCUGCAGGAGUUUUAUAGACCUUUUAACAUAAAAUUCUAUGAAACUGUGGGACAAGACUUCAAGUGGGAUUGAAUGUACAAUUAAAAAGUGAGAACUGUUUAUAAAAUGCCUACCUCUAAAAACAAGUUAAUUGAGGAUACCUUUAAAAUAUAUUUAACUGAGUGGUAUGCAGAGUUUAUACAAAUAUAAAAUGAAAAGUAUUCUAAAUAUAAUUCUAUAAAUAUGUUUUUUUUUUUCUGUGGGUCAUUCUAGAGAGAAGUGUAAUUUAUUUAUUGAUAAAAAAGAUAUAUACCAAACUCUGUUUUUGUUCCCAUCAACAUGCCAAUUAAAUGAUCCAUAACCCAUUUUAAUGCAUCAACUUAUUUACCAAAUAACCAUCACAGAGCUUUCCUGCCAUUUAAAGUCACCAGCCAUACAAUCAUGACACACCUUAAAUAUUUAUUAUCAAGAGUGCUUAUUUAUUCAUUAUUUUCCGAGAAAAUGAUCUGCUGUCUUUUACCAUUAAAAUGAGCACUCCACAUGAAGUCGCCUCAAAAUGUCAGAUGAAUAAUAAAAUCAGCCUGUCUGCUUUUCUGACGUUAAACCUGUUUUUGUUGCAGACAUAAACUGUGGGGAACAGAGCUGAAAAAUACUGUGAGAAUAACAAAAUAAAAGGUUUAAUGAAAAAUAUGCUUAAACUUUCAUAUAUGUUUCCUUUUUGGUAGACGACUUAAAGCUUUUCUGUGUUUGUAUUCUUAUUGUGAUCAUCAGAAUAAAAGUCCUAAAUACAAAAAAAAAGAUUUAUUGGAGAUACAUUUUUUUCCAGUAAAUAUACAUUAAAAAGACACGUUUUAUGGUGUUAAAUGGUCAGAAAUCAGAAUUUU